UGCUUGCAGAUCUCUCCUUACAACACCCUAUGUACACAUUUCAAGAUGAUUGGGCAUGCUGUGAAAAGGCUCAUACGAUCAUAUCCAUCACUCAACAUGAAGAUCAAUGUAACAAAUAACGGCAAAAACAUGUUGGUUGUAUUACCUGGACUCAGAUUUGAUGAUAUUGAUCACACAGGACAACCUGACAUUUGGCGAGUGUUUGAAAUGAUCAACCGAGUGGAGCAUGCAGGUUUCUAUAACAGUUCACCGUUCCUUGAUUAUACGAGUCUCAACAAACAGAACUUCAGUUCCAUAGUGAAGGCAUGUUCAUUUGAAGUGAAAAAAGACUUCUAUGAAACAAUAACUCCAAAAGCACCACUUGAUAUUACUGUCAACCUAGCUCACAUUGGCAGGACAACAUUUACCACAGUGUGUGAGAUGUCAUGUGGGGGGAAAAUGAAGCCCUCGGUGAGGAUUAAAAACAUGCACACACUUGUGAAUAUCGCUCGAGAUGAAGUGGCUGAUAUUCCAGAUUGGUGGCGCAACAGAUUCAGCUCAAAUGACAUGGACAAUAUUGAACCCCACAUCCUCAACAUAACACCCUCACAGAAGCCUGAAACUGCCUUCCUCCACCCUUUUGCUGUACCUCUCAGUGACACAGACAUCGCCCAGCGUACGCGUUGCUCCUCCUAUGUACGCUACUUCUUUGAGGUGGCUAGUAUUGCAUCGUACCGUGAACACUUUCGUCAUAUUAAAAACUUUAAUGAGUUUCACAUCAAAAGUAUGCAAAUGUUGUACUUUGGCUCCACAUGUUGGGGAGAUGCAUUAACAUCAGCAUGCUGGGAGGAUAAACACCCUCUCAUCCUGCACUGUAAUGUGAACAAGACAGGAAAGCCUGUGUGGUAUGCCAAUGUAGAACUCUACUCUGAAGUAUUUGGAUGUUGACAAAGACUCUGCUAAAGCAGGUAUUCUUUCAUGAUGUUUUUAGAUAUUUGAUGAACUGAUAUUACUAGACUUUUUUUUGAAAAAUGAAGAUAUGUAUGAAAUUAUAUGAUAUCAAUCCUAUACCAGUAUAUAGAAUUAUAUUGAUGGUGUUUGUUGAUGGAAACAACACACAGAUUUUGGUACAAUAUAUAUCAUAUACCUAUUAUGUUCUAAAAAAUUGGGGUGCUUGAAAUUUUAUAUGGAUUUGCAGAAAAAUUUAGUGAUGCAUUUUUAACCACAACACCGAAUAAUUUUGUAACCUUUGCAAACUAGAUUUUUAAUGACAUCCUAAAUAUUUUAUUUUUACUUGUUCAUAAACUUAUUGUGUCCAGUAUUGUAAUAUAUAAAAGCAACAUCAGUCCAAAUUUGACUACAUUUCUCUUGGGUUUUUAGCUCACAUGGUCCAAAAUGCUUAGUGAGCUUUUGCAGUGGUGCAACGUCUGUCUGUCCAGCUUCAACUUUUCCAUUUAAACAACUUAGAAUCAGGGUGUUUCAGUAGAAGAUACCUGGAGUGAAGCUGACAAAGUUUGUGAAAAAAAUGACCUUGCUCAUAUUCAAGGUCAUAGGAUCAAAAUUGAAACCUUCGAAUGCCACUUUCUCAAUAACCAAAAGGCCUACAAACAGAAUAUUUGGUUGGAAUGUUGCUGAGAUUAAGCCCUUCAAUCAAUGAUAAAGGAAAUGACAUUUUCCUCUGUUGAUGGUCACAAGCGACAAAUUUGUUCACAUGAUUUCUCUUGGCUAACGAAAUAAUCUUGAACCAUAUUCAAGGAUAUGAGUGUCAGAUUUGUUAAAUCCUUCAUGAUAUUUUCGCUGAUUGGUUCCUAAAAUGACGCCCAUCAGAGUUUCAUGAAGAAAAUAACCUUGACCCAUAUGCAAGGCUAUAGGAUUCAAAUUUGUUACAACCUUCAAAUAUUUUCUCAUUAAUUAGGACUUAGAAUGUUGACAAUGUAAAAUGUUGAUGCAGUUAAAAGUGAGAAACAUCAUAAAUGAAAACCAGGUGAGCAAUGCAGGUUCAUUUUCCUCUUGUUAGUACUGAAUGUAUAAGAAGUACUAAAAAUGUAAUUGUAUAUGCUGAAUGAGGUUUUGUAAUGGUUCUCCUAAGUCAUGUUACAAGUAUUAGAUGCAUGUGUUAUGGAAACUGUGUAUUUUCUGGUAUGAUAAUUAUGUAGCCCAAAUGUCUACAGUGACAUUUACCAAUCAUUUUAUCUAGUCUCAUUGAUUUGCCACAAAAGAUAUUUUACCAGUAUUUUCUGGAUAUUAAGCAAAGAUGGCCAUGUAAAUGCUUGUAUAUACAUGUAUUACGGGUGUGCAGGUUUAUUGAUUAUUAACAUAUCAUAUGUUUUUUAUGUUUGUUUUACUUCUAAUUUUACAGUUAUAAUUCAGUUCUUCAAAAACAAUUCAUUAUCUCAUAGAUUCUUUGAAUCUAUUGUGUUUUUUAUUUUGUUUAUUUUUACUAUGCCAUCUGCAGUAUUUUUAAUCAGCUCUUUUCCACUUCUUAAGUAAAUGAAGGAAGCUUUCCUUAAAGUAUCAGUAGAAUCUCAAUAUGGCCUGCUUCUUUUUAAUGAACCUGCUAUUUAAGGGCAUGUCCCAGGCCAAGUGCUGUACCACCUACAUUGACAGUAAGGCUUCCUUUUACAUUAUUCUUUGUGUUUGCUACUGACUAUAACACGAUCGUUCAGUAUUAUGGAAUUAUUUACCUAUAUUUAAUGGUUCAAAUGGUCUGUUUAUGAAUAUUUUUCAUAUUUGUUCCAAUGUGAAAUUUCAGAGCUUGUUAUCACAUCAUGAGGGAGAGGAUUUAGGGAUGUUUCCAUACUUAAUAUGUGUACAUAGUUACAUACAUAACAUUUAUCCUUGUCAGUGACUUCAUUCUUUGAGGGAUUUUAUUCAAACUUCACACAAGAUCAAAUCAAUAUCUAGAAGAGCUAUCUUGGACAAUGAUAAUGUUAAUUUGUUAUUGGUAUUUCUUGAAGUGCUACCUUUCUUUAUUGAUGUUACUAUGGUAAUGUCAAUAAGUGAUAAUACAUAAUUAAGAUCAAAUAAAAGAAAGGAGGGAAAAAUAAUCAAAUUAUAAAGAUUACAAUAUGGGGAAUGCCAAAAUUUCUCAGGAAUCUCAGAAAGAUGAACAUCGGAAGAUACAUAGCAUACAUCAUCAGUAAUUAACCUGGAAUGUCUAUGUUUAUGUAUAUAUUGAGCAUUGUAAAUCAUGUAGUAGGAUGUGGUGACCAUGUAAUACUAUUGUGACUGAGGUACAAAGGUAUGAUAAAUUAUGAGCUUAACACUGAUAAUAUAUUAUAUAGCCAGCUUCUCUGUCUUAAUGAUGAUGUGUGAAGGAGGGAUUUUACAGGGGCUUGACUCAUUCAUAAUUAAUUUCUUCCAAAAUAUGCUGUUAUUAUUCCACUCUCGGACCAUUGUGCAAACAUCCUGAAGGUUGUUAGGUCACCUGAGAUAUGUCUUGUGGUGCAUGGUGACCUAUUCUAAUCACUUACAUCCAGCAAUGUACAUCCGUAAACAAUGAAAUAUUUUCAACAAAACCCCUGAUCAAAUUUCAAUGAAAUUUUACAGAAAGCUUCUCUUGCCUAAAAUGAACUAAAAUUGCGAAUUGUACAGUCCCUAACACCGAGGGGCCUGAGGGGCAGUGCUAAAAGGGGUCAAAUUUACUCGGAUUUAAAAAAUCUUCUUCUCAAGACCCAGAUAUGGUAAAAUCAAAUACUCUUCAUGAAUGGAAGCAUCUUAAGGUGCUUUACUGAUAUUGUGAAUUUCAUGGCCUCAGGGUAUCACAUUUCCCCAGGGGGAGGGGGUAAAGUUUACUAUAGUUUAUAAAGGAAAACUAGACUUUUGAGCAUAUUUUGUUUAAUUUCCAUUGGAAAUAUUUCAAACUUGGUUAGAAUUAUUAAGGAUGACGGCUUCAUGGUAUGCCCAUUUUGAUCCUGACUGACCCUCAGGGGCCUGAGGGGUGGGACCAAAAGGGGUCAAAUUGAAUUUUUGAGCUAAGCGUUGGUAUUUCCCACUGGAAAUAACUUUAUAAGAAUUAUCAGUAGAGGAUGACAGUUUUGAUUUGCAUGUAUUGACACACGCUUACUAUAUUCAGUGUCACAAUUUCUGUUUCAUGACACUUAAUAAGCAUCCUUUAACCUUUAUAUUUUAGGGAAAGGGCACUUAAAGGGAGAGCAUAUAGUCGCAGCUUUGCACCAGAACCAUAACUCUCUCUUGAAUAAUUUAGGAGUUAUUGUCCUUUGUUAUUUUUCUUACUUAAAUUUUGUCUGUGGCAUUACACUAAAACUGUAAGAGGUAUCAGCAUGAAACUUCAUUGGUAGAUAGAUCUCAACAAGGAGAAGGACAGUGUAUACAGAAAUCAUAACUUUCUUAUUACCCUUUGUUAUUUUUCAUACUUAAAUCUUGUCCUAUUCGGGGAGCUUAACCCGUCUCUUUUAAUAUAACAUUCAUUUACUACUAGUGAGUUGUUAUAAAUUUCCACAUAUUUCUUGGGGUAGAUUACUGUUGCAAAAAUAGGUAACACAAACUUUGGUUUUUCUUUCAUUCUUGUUAGUUACAGUGCUUUUAAAGUUACCUUUCGAAAAAAUAAAUUAACUGGAGUGAAAGAAAUACAUAUACAACAACUAACCAUUAUGUUACCUCUAUGUAUCCUACCUCUGGUAUAAAUGGGACAGCUACAGAGGGUAAAAUAUAUAGGGAUUUAUGUGAACUUUAUGAGAAUAUGGGAAUAUAUUUAAGAUAUGUUUAGCUGUUGCUAUUGUUUUGUUUCAUGUGAAUUUUGAUACAAAUAAAUUUGGAAUUACACAAAAA